AUGGGUACUUGUUUAGCAGUUACUAAAAUCAUUGGUACCACAUCAUUAGGUAUCUUUGCUGGUUAUUCAAUAUCAAAUAUAUCAACUUAUGAUAUUUUAAUUAAAGUUUUAUCACAAUCAAAUUUAAUUGAUUUUGCACAAUGGAAUGGUAAAAUUAAUGAAAUAUUGGUCAAGAAUUCUAUUGUCCUUGGUGGUCUUGGUGGUAUUAGUUCAUUAUUAUUUGCUUUAAGUUAUAAUUCUUCACCUUCUAGUGGUAAACAUCCUUAUUUAAUUUAUGCUUCAUUAGUGUUACCAAUAAGUUCAAUUUUAAUUGGAAUUUUAGGUAAGAAUGAAAUUUCAAAUUAUUUAAAAUUAGAUUCAUUAAUUGAAAAAUUUAAACAAGGUAAUACUAUAAGUGGUGAUAAUGUUAAACAAGUUAAACAAGUUAUUACAAGUGAAUUAGAUAAUUCAGUUUAUAAAGAUCUUGGAGAUGAUUCUGUAAGUACAACUUCUGAACAAGAUCAAGAUCAAGAACCUAUUACACCAGAGGGACAAAAUGAAGAUGAUGAAAUUUCAAAAGAAGUUGAAAUUCAUUUAAAUAAAACCACAAUAUUAAAUUUAUUAAAUAAAUUGAAUUUUAUUAAUAAAUUUAUUAGUGGUGUAUCAGUUUUAGGAUUUGUUAUUUCAAGUAUUGGUAUUUAUGGAGAUUAUUGA